CUUUUAAUUUCAAAAGACGUUCUUUUUCUUCUUCUUCCUCCAAAUUUAACGACCAUGUCGUUAACCCUUCUUCUUCUUCCUCCUCCAAGCUUUCUCCAAUUCGAACCCAUUUCUCUUUCGCUGGGUGUGGCUGCUCCUGGAUUCAGGACAAUUCAAUGGUUCAUGAUUAUGCUACAACUAAUGGGACGUCCAAGCGAUGCUUGGCGUUACCAACAACAAAAACAGUGGAUGUCUCUUCAGUGUCAGAUCUUUUUGAAUUCAUUUGCUCGGGUCCUCUCGUAGACAAGAUUGGUAUCACUCCUCAAAGAGUUGGCCAGUCUAUUGACAAAUGGUUACUAUACGGCUCACAACUCUGUAGACUGUUUCAGCUUAAUGAGCUUAAGCUCACGAUUCCUCAGAAAGCUAGGCUAUACCACUACUAUAUACCCGUAUUUAUAUGGUGCGAAGAUCAGAUUGCUCUGCACAAUUCCAAGUUUAAAGAUGGAGAUGAUGUACCUCCAUUAGUGAUUGGAUUUAGCGCUCCUCAAGGAUGUGGCAAGACUACACUUGUGUUUGCACUUGACUAUCUUUUCAAAACAACAAAAAAGAAGUCGGCGACGAUAUCAAUAGACGAUUUUUACUUGACUGCACAAGGUCAGGCUGAAUUGAGAGAAAAGAAUCCAGGAAAUGCACUUCUAGAGUAUCGUGGAAAUUCAGGAAGCCAUGAUCUGCAACUCUCUGUUGAGACACUAGAAGCCUUGACUAAACUGACCAAAGAAGGUAUAAAGAUGAAGGUACCUAGGUACGACAAGUCUGCCUAUAGUGGGAGAGGUGACAGAGCCGAUUCAUCAACAUGGCCUGAAGUUGAAGGACCUCUAACGGUUAUUCUCUUUGAGGGAUGGAUGCUUGGUUUUAAGCCUCUUCCAGCUGACGUUGUUAAAGCAGUUGAUCCGCAGCUGGAGAUUGUGAAUAAGAACCUGGAAGCCUAUUAUGACGCAUGGGACAAGUACAUCGAUGCUUGGGUCGUCAUCAAAAUCCAGGACCCGAGUUAUGUAUACCGGUGGCGUCUUCAGGCGGAAAUCGCCAUGAGGCAGGCUGGUAAAGCUGGGAUGUCGGAUGAGGAGGUGAAUGACUUUGUGUCGCGGUAUUUGCCGGCCUAUAAGGCCUAUCUUCCAACUCUUUACGCGGAAGGACCAAGCGGCUCGGACCCAGACCGUGUCCUUGCGAUAGAUAUCGAUGAAGAAAGGAACCCCAUACUCGCAAACUAAUGAGAUGCUGUCUCCAUUGGCUUCAUAGUAUUUCUCGUUGUAUGUAAAAGAGAGUACCAUUACGUCACACGUUCUUCUUCCUUGUAUCUUUUGACGUGCUAUUUGUUACACUA